AUGGGUGAACAAAUUUAUACAGACGAGGCAAUUCACCUCAUCAUUAUCGGCGCCGGCCUGGCCGGAUUGAGCGCGGCGCUGUCGACCAAGCUGGCGAACCCAGCUCACCGCGUGACGGUUCUGGAGACGGUCAAGCAGCUGCAGGAAGUUGGUGCCGGCCUGCAAAUAACCCCCAACGGCACCCGCCUCCUCUCCGCCUGGGGCCUCACGCCGCAGCUCGCUCCCGUCGCCACCGUUCCCACCGCGCUCUCCGUCCACCGCUACGACGGCACCAAACUCCUCGCCCGCGAGCCAGCACUGCAAUCCACCAUGGCAGCGCGCUACGGCCACCCCUUCUGGGACCUGCACCGCGUCGACCUGCAGCAAGCAAUGCUCUCCCGCUGCGCUGCCCUCGGCGUCGCCAUCCAGCUCAACGCGCGCGCUGUCAGGGUCGACUUCGACGACGCCCGCGUGCACCUGCACGAUGGCCGGGUCGUGGAGGGCGACGUGGUGCUGCUGGCGGACGGCCUGUGGAGCCAGAUCCGGCCGCAGUUCUUGGGCCGGCCCAGCCCGGCAAUCCUGACGGGCGAUCUGGCAUACCGGAUCACGGUGCGCGUGGACGAGCUCGAGGGGGACGACGCCGCGGAGCUGAGGGCGUUUGUGGCGGACGAGCCGACGGUGGAUUUCUGGGUCGGGCCGAGGUCGCACUGCGUCGGAUAUCCCGUGCGGGCCGGGCAGGUGUAUAACCUGGUGCUUUUGUGUCCAGAUGAUCUGCCGGGGGACGUGGUCAAGCUGGAGGGGGAUAAAGAUGAGAUGAGGGAGCGGUUCAGGGGGUGGGAUCCGUUGCUGGGCAAGUUUCUGCGGCAGGUCAAGGGGGUCGUGCAUAAGUGGAAGCUGAUGUGGUUGGAUGCGCUGCCCGAGUGGGCGAACGAAGGCGGCACGUUUUUCAUGGCGGGCGACUGCUGUCAUCCGAUGUUGCCGUAUCUGGCGCAGGGGGCGAACUCGAGUCUUGAGGAUGGUGCGGUGUUGGGGUCGUUGCUGGGGAAGGUGAGGAGGAGCGAGAUGAAGAGACAGCUGCCGUGUGUGUCUAAAAUGUAUCAGGAUUUGAGGAUGGAACGCGGGAGGAGGAUCCAGCUUGAGACAUUCCGGCAGCGCGAUGAUUCACACCUCGAGGACGGCGAAGCCCAGGAGAGAAGGGAUGCUCUAAUGUUGAGUAUGCUGGGAAAAAAGGUCAAGGCACCCUUCCCGAGUCGCUGGACGUGCCCCAAGAUUCAAAAGUUUCUGUAUGGCUAUGAUGCGUACGCCGAGGCGGAGAAGGCGUACAAGGAGAAGCCGUUUUGA